ACAUAGUUGAAACUGAUCUCAAGUUUUGUUUUUGUCCUGACAUUAGCAGGCCUGAUUAUUGUUAACUUAGGCAUCGGUGUGUCUAACUUGAUGACAAACCACAGGGCUUUAUAGGCUCUCACCAAACAGAUCACAUGGACUCCAUUCACCUUACUGAGGAUCAUGGCCAUAUGAUGGAAGAGUGCAACAGUUUGAAAUUUGAACUUGAAGGGCUAGCCUUAAGGGCUAGCCCAAAGGGGAAUACUGAAGAAGUAUAUCUCAAACAAGGACCAGCUCCAGUUUGUGCAAGAACAGGGACAAUAAUGUCAAGGACCUCAAAAUCCAAGCAACAACGAUGGAUCAAACAUCAGAACCGAGCUCAAAAGAGGAAGUUUGAUGACGUUGAUUGGAAGAACCAGCCUAUUACUUUCACAUCAACUGACCUUGAUGGUAUUGUAACACCCUAUAAUGACUCGUUGGUCACCAUAGUCAUUGUCAACAACUAUGAGGUUCAAUGUGUUCUCGUGGACAUGGGGAGUGCACCUAACAUCAUGUACUAUCAUUGCUUCGAGAACCUUGGCCUUGAUCUAACUCUCUUACAAGAGUUACAUACAAAAAGAUGGUGUAAUGAUAGUAUUCAAAGCUUAGAUAGGCAUAACUUGGAGGUUUAUGCAGAUGAUAUAGUGGUCAAGAGCCUCAAGGCAAAGAACCAUCUAGUUGACUUAGGGGAGACAUUUGAGAAUUUAGGGAAGAAUAGCAUAAGGCUCAAUCUUGCGAAGUGUGUCUUCAGUGUUGAAUCUAGAAAAUUCUUGGGUUUCAUGGUGUCCCGAAGAGGAAUAGAGGUCAAUCUUGAAAAGAUCAAGGCAAUAAAGGAGAUAGAGCCCCCAAAGUAUUCAAUGGUUGAGAAGGCAGCUUUUGUAGUUGUUACUUCGGCUAGGAAGUUAAGGUCAUACUUCCAAUCCCAUCCAAUCAUUGUGCUUACAAACCAACCAUUAAGGCAAAUUUUACAAAAACCAAAAUGCUCUGAUAGGUUGAUUAAGUGGGCAGUUGAGUUAGCCCUUUGUCGCCUGCAACCUGCCCUGCACCCUAGCCUCACACCCAAACCAGCCACCCCCCCUGCACGAACCAGCCUGCACCUACCCUGCACCGAGCCCAGACCCCUAGCCCUGCUGCCUGCGCCCUUCUGCUACCACGCCCGGCCUCGCACGCCUGCAAUCUACCCUGCACCGAGCCAUCAUUGCUCCCUCUGCUCUCUGCGCCCAAUCACCAGCCCUGCACCGAGCCCGCCUGCUGCACCAGCUCUGCACGCCCGAGCCAUCAUCGCCCCUCGCACGCCCGGCCUUGCUCUACCCUAUCCCCUGCCACACCUGCACCUCUGCUGCUGCACCGAACCAGCCCCUUUGCCGCCUGCAACCGCCUACGCUCGAGCUUGCACACUGCUGCGCCCCCUGUUCUGCAAUCUGCUAUGCGCCUUGUCCUGUUCUUCGGCAAGAUGCUGCACGCUUCAGACAAAAUAAAAAGACAAAAGAGAAAACAGCCUCAUCCUUGCCUCAUAUGCAGAAAAAACAACAAUACGGGUCAAAUUGGCAUAAUUAGUGAUUGCCUUUUCAUUUUUAUUUUAUUUAGUUGUUUGGGGUAUAUAUAUAUAGGGCAAAAGCAGAGUAACGGGGGGGUGGUUGGUUGAUUUUGGGUCUCGUUGUUGGGGGGUUUCGUUUGAGUUUUUGAGAGCAAUAGAAGGGGAUUUUUGGAGCUUAGUUUUUGGGGGUUUUCUUGUUGAUUUUCGUGUUCUUCAUUUUGGGAGUUGGAAGGAGUUUUCUUCUGGUUUUGAGUUUGGUGUUGACGGCAGAGGAAAGGGAAUUUUUUCUGCUAGAGGGAGCCUGUUUUGUGAGAAGGGAUUGUCAAGGUUGCAAGAGGGAUUCUAUUUUCUGGAGUGGCUAUACUAAGGUAUACCUCUGAACAGAGAAUUUUUGUUAGGAAAAUGGUGAAAGAGAUGGUGGAAACUUGAUCCCGUGGGUGGGAUCCCUUCCAUCAGAUCCAGAUCCGUUUUUCUUUCAAAAAUUCGCCGUGUUUGUCUUUCUGUGGGUGUUUAUUUUUUUUUAUCUGAUGUUAAGAUUGAAUGUGUUUUCUUGAAAAAUGAAUGAAAAGCCAAAAGAAAUUAUCCAGUUCUUC